AUGCUGCUCAUCCACCAAACCGGCGCCGUGAAGGUCGGUGAGGUCGUAAGAUACACCGUGACCUACACUCCCAGCCUCGACCGCAUCCUCCCUCCUCCAAGCCACCUCCAUGUCAAGAUCAAGAAUACGGUCGCCGCACCACUCCGCGCGGCAUACCUGCAUGGCCCGUACACGCUCUAUGUCGCGUGCUACCCAUCUACCUUCGACCCGUUCCGAAAACACGAGACUGUGCAUACCGAGGGAGCGCCAGCCUUUGAACCACAACUGAAAGCGGGAGGACAUUGGACGGCGAAGCUGACCGUGCCGGAGGAAGUGAGGGAGGAUGCCCAGAGAUACAGCACCGACAACCGGCUCAAGGGUGGAGGCGAGAGGAAAUCCUUCACCUGGAUAAUAGAGGUCGCUUCGCAGAUUAUAUUCUCCAAGACAGCGAGCGUCGAGUACGAGCUUCUGGUGGGACGAGAUGAGAGGUCGGUGGAUCUGGGAUUUCACGGUGUCAUCGGAUCCGGGCAGGGCGCUCCGGGCAAGCUCGAAGAUCACCAGAAGGGCCGUUCAAAGUCUACGCCGGCGCAUCACAGGGGCGUCUUCUCCAAGGCAAUCAGGCUGGUCGUGGAUGAUACCGAAAGCCUCUGGAACACCCCUCCAUUUCCAGAAUGGGAGACGGACGACGAGGGUCGGUCCCACGUGGCUAUAGAGCAAGGCCCGCAGCACGGUGACAAGCGAGACGCGGGCGCGAAACCGGAGAAGAAGCAGAAGACCCAGAAGAAGAUCCACUUGGUUCUCCUGACGCAUGGUAUUCACAGUAACGUCGGCGCGGAUAUGCUUUUCAUGAAGGAGAGCAUUGACAGUGCAGCGAGGCAGGCAAAAGAAGACGCCAAGAAACGGCGGGAAGAGUUGAGGACGAGACGUAUGGCACGAGAGAAUGACUUUGGCCGAACAGCAGUUGACCAGAGGUCCAAGUCCGUGCCAGACACAGCCCUCCUAGGUGACACUGGUGGAAACACUCCGGGUCCGAGCACGUCGACAGAAGAUGACAAAGAAGAGGACGCAGAAGAGGAAGAUGAGGAAGAGGUGUACGUGCGAGGAUUUACUGGCAACACGGUCAAAACCGAGAAGGGGAUCCAAUACCUGGGCAAGCGGUUCGCGAAAUACGUCCUCUCUAUCACCUACCCGGAUCAGCCAUACCUGCCGGUCAAAUCCUCCAUGAACAAAUCUCUGUCGAAAUCGCUAUCCGCCCCCAUGUCGAAGACACCAGGUCCACAAGACCAUGGCAGUACCCAGCCGGCACACAAGAACAGCAGCAUCAUCAAGGACGAGAACCACCGGUCUCAUAAUCUCCCUUACCGCAUCACAUCUAUCAGCUUCAUUGCGCACUCCUUGGGUGGCCUGAUCCAGACCUACGCUAUAGCCUAUAUCCAGAAGCACUCACCGGAGUUCUUCGACCUCAUCAAGCCAAUCAAUUUCGUCGCCAUGGCUUCUCCUUUUCUAGGGCUGAGCAAUGAGAACCCCGUCUACGUGAAGUUCGCCUUAGACUUUGGACUUGUAGGACGGACCGGUCAAGAUCUCGGUCUCACGUGGAGAGCGCCGACAUUAGCAAAAAGCGGUUGGGGGGCCAUGGUUGCUGGGUUCACAAACGAAGCCAACAAGAAAACACCAGACAAAGACUCCGACCCUGCAGCGAAGCCUCUCCUCAGGAUACUCCCCACUGGACCAGCACAUGUGGCGCUGAAGAAGUUUCGCAACCGCACUGUCUAUUCCAAUGUGGUCAACGACGGUAUUGUGCCAUUGAGAACCUCCUGUCUGCUUUUCUUGGACUGGCGGGGCCUUGGUCGCGUGGAAAAAGCGAGACGAGAGAGCGGUCUCGUGGGCACGAUGGUCGGAUGGGGUUGGGCGGAAAUGCUGGGACACAAUGCCAGCGACUCGAGGAAGACCUUGACAUGGCAAAACCUGUUCAGCGACAGCGGCGACGACGUCGGCAAGUCUGGGAAGUCGCCUUCGGAUCCUGAAUCAAAGGUUCCCCAGGCGGAGACCAGUGAAGGCUUCGAUCACGAUCAGCGAGCAUCGGAACCCGAAGACAACCAGUCCGUGGAGAAGAACGAAAGCGCUGUCGCAGGACGCACAGAUGUCCAAUCGAGUGCAGAUGCAACGUCGGCACCGAACCUAUGGACGGAAGUUUUGAAUUUCUUCAGGCCACAUGCAGGGCGGCCAAAAACACCUCCAGGCAGCCCUUCUCGAAGUCCCAAGAGGACACAGAAGAUCUACAGGAGAGGUCAAAUAAUGUCUUAUCAACAAGGAGAAUCCGAAUCCGAAGAGCCUUCAAGAGAAAAUUCCCAAGAUGGGGGCACGGGCAGUGCUGCUGGCAAAGCCCUUGUCCGAGGAGCAUCGCUAUUCGGCAAUGAUUCUAGGGAUGAUGGCAACGCGGAAGUUGAAGCACCUCCCAAGACGACGUUCUUUGAGUCAGCAGGGGAUCUGCUUAACCCACCAUUGCCACCCAAGGACUUUAUACUUGACCCUGCCGCUCGACCGAGGACAAUAUUUCACGAUCGAGUCUACCAUCCCGGAGACAUUCCACCACCGCCAGCUAAACGCCAACGGACAUUCGGAAUUAGGCGUUCCACGUCCAAUCUUGCAGCUCAAGCAGCUUCUUCGUCACAGCUUUCACUGGGUCCGGCAUCUCCUGAAUUCGCCCGUCCGGCUUCAGCCAAUCACCCUACACCACCUUCGCAAGUGAAACCAGAUCACGGUCAAUCUCAAACCCAAGACGUCGGCACCAUGAAGAUCGAGGAGAAGAUUGCUCGAGCUUACCACAAGGAUCUGUCAUGGCGAAAGGUGCUAGUGCGGCUCGAACCGGACGCGCACAAUAACCUGGUUGUGCGGCGCAUGUUUGCCAAUGCCUACGGUUGGCCUGUCGUCCGGCACCUGUGCGACACGCAUUUUGCCUAUACAGCAGCCGCGAGAACGAGAGACGAAGAUGAAGAGAACGUUGAAAGGGCGAUUGCACAGGAGGAGCCCCUCACUGGUGGUGAGCGGGGAGGUGAGAGUGUUCGUGGGCAGAGAGAGCUGCCCGACGUGAAGGAAGAAGGCAAUGCCAUCGACAGCAAUAGGGCUAACACCACCGACAACAUCAGGAUUGAAGAGUCCAGUCCCCAAGAAGUCGAGACUCUGCAGACCGACUUCCAGAAGCUGAGUACGAAAUGGAAAAUGCAUGAAAGCCCAAGGGCGGCUACAGCAGGGCGGACGAAGCGUACCGAUUCCGAGGCUCGUGAGGCAAGAGACGAUGUCUCGGAGCUUGUAUCCCGAGUUAGUGCCACGGGUGAGAGCUAUAGCAGCAUGAACUCAGGUCGGGCGGCGCUGUCAAGACUCGCGAGACAAGACAGUGCACGGUGGAGCGACCGCUUCUUCGAGGGCAGCGAUGACGGCGCCGAGGACGAGGACGAAGACGGGCUGUUGCAGGAGAUACGGAGAGCGAGGUACAGAGGUGAACUCAAUCGGAAGUUCAACAUCGACUUUGACGUCGAGUCGGCCCCCAGUGACUCGGAGUCUGGAAGGACACCAGUAGAGAAGAUUUCCAACGGUCCCCUCACGGAGAGUCCGAACAGUACCAAGCUGAGCAAACCCAAGGACAAGGGCAAAGGGAAAGAGUCCGAGGAACACAUGAUUACUGGAUCAGAUAUGCCUCUGUCGGCAGAACCCGCUGAAUUGGAGCCCCUUUCGCAUUCCUCUGCAGGGACGAAUACGCCCAGACACAACGCAUCGAGCGAUGUUGAAGUAGGCCCGGAGCUGGAGCCGGGAUCUAUCACGGCACCGGGCACAGCGGCUGCUCUAGGUCUUUCCCUGGAUGAGAAGAUCGACGAAACGCGAAAACCACAAACGAGAUCUGGGGGUGCGGGAAAUGCGGGAAAUGCGGGAGGUGUCGCGGAACAGGUGGCAUUGGCUACGACAAGGAGUCGAGACAGCCAGGAGGAUGACUCGUGA